CACCGCGUAUAUAAACCCCAAACGAGGUGUCGCAGCGCCAAAGGACCCAAAACGCCACAAUAAAACCCAAACAACAGAGAAAGCACAACCCUCUAUCUCACUCUUCUCUCCGUUUCGAUCUCUCCGCCAUCGAAGCCAAUAUCAGAACAGUCAUGGACAUUUCUUAAGACCUCUCCGAUAAUUCUUUUCAAACUUUUAAACAUUUCCUUCUAUUUUCAGUUUUCAAAAUGGACGAAGAUUUGCUGAAGCGAAACACCGAUUGCGUCUAUUUCCUGGCUUCUCCUCUCACAUGCAAGAAGGGAGCUGAUUGUGAGUUCCGGCACAGCAAGAUUGCGAGGCUCAACCCAAAGGAUUGCUGGUACUGGUUGUCUGGGAAUUGUCUUAAUCCAACCUGUGCUUUUAGGCAUCCUCCACUGGAUGGGCAUGGUGGAGCACCGUCAUCAGAGUCUGCCCCAUCUUCUGUAUCUGCAAACAAGACAAUUGUUCCUUGUUACUUUUACUUCAAUGGGUUCUGCAAUAAAGGUGAUAGAUGCUCUUUCUUGCAUGACAAUGAAGGUGGUGCAUCAACUGAGAAAUCUCCAAAGACAGCCUCUGCAUGUAAUGACACAUUUGCACUUUCUUCAGAAAAUAAGGCAUCUGCUGGAAAUGACAUGAUGCCAGCUCCAAGAAUGGCACAUCUCAACCCUUCUGAAACUGCCUCAAAGGAAACAGUUGAUACAGGAUUCCAGCCCAAAGAGGAUCUUAAUUAUUUCGAGCAGUCAGUACAGAGAGAUGUUCCACAGCAAAGUGUCUCUCCUCAGAUUUCUGUGUUUGGGGAUGAAGAGGCCACUGAAAUUAGGUCUGACUCACUACCUGCAGACAGCUCUGUUCAUAGCAAAUCUCAAUCAUGCACAGAUCAGAGUUCUGAUGAGCAAGCUGAUGACCUUGUGCGAGAGGAAUGGUGGGAGUCCUCCCCAGGCUUUGAUGUUCUUGUUGAUGGUAAAUCAGAGAAUUUGGGUUGUGAGGAUGAUCCGGAGUGUUUUCUGACACUUGAUGGGGAGCGCAGGGAGCUCAAUAGCCACUUCUUGGGCUACGAUUUUGAAAAUCCCGAUGACUAUGUUCCUGUGUGUCCUCCUGAUGCUGAACUUCUAUAUGAGAGAGAUGUAUAUGACUCCUAUGAUUUUCUGGAUAACAAUCAUAUGCUUGGUAAUGAUGGAAAAUUUCCUGGCUAUGCAAAGGAGACAAUGUCGGAUGCCAUAUUCUCCCGCAAGAGGAAACUGAUGCCAAUGGAACUGGCAGUCUAUGACCAGGAUUUUGUGGAUGUUCGAGACCGCCUGAGAAGGCGAAGGAUGACUGAUUGUCAUUCAAUUACUGGUUUAUCAAGAAGGCAUGAAGCACUUAGGUUGUUUGGUAGAAGCAGGGAAAUGCCUCAAAGGCAUGGUAUGGGUUGGCGGGUGCAUGGAAGAUUGGCAUCAGAAGUGAGAAAUAGCACUUAUGGAUCACUCAGGGAGAAUGGAGCUUCCUCUAGUGCUGGAAUUCAACGUGUUUCACUUAGGCAUUCACAGCAAUAUAGGCCUAGGAAGCAUCACAAGGAGAGAAAGCUGGCUAAGCAGAAGCUUCCUUCAUCUGGAGUGUCAAAGAAACGAGCACCAAGGGAGAAGAGAUCUGCACAGAAGUCAACUACCUUUACAGGACCCAAGACCCUUGCCCAGAUUAAAGAAGAGAAGAAGAAAGCAGAAGAAAAUAGAGAUCACAUUGGGAUAAUGAGGCAUGUGAGAAGAACUAGAGUGGACUUCCAGGGUCCCAAACCUUUAAAUGAAAUUCUAAAAGAGAAAGGAAAGAUAGCUGACAAGAGGGAAGGAAAUGCAGGCAGCAACUGAAGAGAAAUUCUGAUACGAAACAUGCUUUUACUCAAUGAAGAGUGAUUUUCGGGUGAUGAUGAUAAGAUUUUGCUAGAUAGAAAAUAGAAUUGUAGAAAUAGUUGUUGUUUUGUGUUACUAGAUGAAGCUCGUGUCGUGUUGGCAUGGUGUAGAAGCUUCCUGGCAUUCGGGAAAUACCCCUUUUUGGAAUCUACUUUCGCUCUCGGAUAUCGUAGUGACUGAUUUGGAGGCUAUUGCCAGAACCCUGCUGAUGCACUAUCUUCAAAGACUUGGCAUCUUUGUAUUGGGCU